CAACAUAUAGAGACGGUCCCUACCCAACAGUGGGCCAGCAGGCCAGAGCUUCAGCUGGGGGCUGGCCUAAAGUCAGGUCGGGGACUGAGUGUAGGCCCUGGGGGGGCUAGCUAGCCAACAAGAAGGUUGGAAGGAUUCGAAAUAAGAAGUUGGUGUCCCUAAGGAGAUGGUGGAUGAAGUUUCUUCCCAGAGCCCUCCCUGUCCCACACCUUGCAUCUUUGUUCAGCAGCUCCGGGGACGGGGGGAAGACGGACCAGGAAAGGCCGUCUCCAAACCUCUUGCUGCCUCUUUCUAGUUGGUCACGUCUGGCCUGGGGUGUCAAUCCUGGACACCCAGCUGCAGGUGUGCUCAGUGUUCCCGGCCACCUCCUGCACCAGAGGCAGGGCUCCUGCUCCAGGACACCCUGCUCUGGGACACCUCGCUCCAACACACCCUGCUCCGGGGCUGCCUUUGGCUUUUCCCCAGUUUUUGGGAAAGAAGACUUUCCUUGGGGGAAUUCCAGCCUGGACCACUGUCCUGGGGGGAUCCUGGUAUCUGGGUCCCGGAGGAGCGGUGGAGGCACCCAGCACCCCUUCCCUUGCCCAGGGCAGAAGGAGGGAGGGUUCCCCGUGGCCUACUGGCAUCAGGAGUGCUCACAAGCAGGCACAGGUGGCAAGAGGAGUGGAGACAGCAGCGGUUUUCUGCAUUGGAAAUGGGCAAGGCCAGAGACCUCAUGUACUCCAAGGCUUGGGCAGGGGCCACUGGACCCCCAGAAGACCUUCGGCACUACGCUGCCCUUAGUUACACCCCUGCCACUAUGCAACAUCCCCUAACAAAGGUGGACCAAGAGAGCAAAGACACAUAGGAUAUCUGUAAGAAA